AUGAGAAAGAUCAUUAUUUUAAUGGAUUUAGCUACUUAUUACACUCAACAUCUAUUUAUCUUUCUUAUAGUUUUCUAUUGGGUUAUGAAUGUAUUUAAUAACUGAUUGCGAUAUAUUAGAAAAGCAAACACAACUGGAAGUAUGACAGCUAAUUUGGAAACCCUACACAUACAGUGCAAUGCAAACUUUAUCCGGAAGCUCUUCAUUUACUGUAUACUAAGUCUUUUUGUCAAUAACUUUGGAAAAGCAGAUCUUCUGGCUUUAUAG